AUGUCGUCGGCUAACUUUUAUCUUGACAAGGGCGAUAGAGCCCCUGAGGUAUAUCUCUUCAAUCACGAUUGGGCGGAUUGGAUUGGGUUGAACACUGAUACGAGGAAAAUCCCUCUAGGAGCCCGAAACUGGAAAGACCUCACAGCAGUGGAUUGGGACUCAGUCGAAGUGACUCCCUCGGGGAAGUACGCAGACCUCGAAUGGACAUUGCACCCUGAUUGGUGCCGCCAUGACACCCAUUGGCGCGGUUUCGGCCUGACACGAGUGGACACCAUACCCUCAGUUGGAUCUCCCUGGUACUUCGAUAUGGAUACGCCUGUAGCUUACUGUGCCAUGGAAGGAGGGUUUUCCUUCGCCGAACAACAGAGGAGUAAUGCCGCUAAUGACCUCACGUUCUUCGAUAGCUGCUUAGAAGAAAUCGUUGCCACUAAACGAUUCGUCAACGAUUCACCAGUUCCCCCCCCUUUCAAUCGCGAUUGUUUAACUGCGACCUUCCAUUCUAUCAUUGCGCUACAGAAAGAAGGAGCUGCAGCCAAGAGAGCAGCAUGGGACCGUCUCGUGUUUCUAACCUGGUGGACCUCCGCUUGUGACGACUGGGCGGAUGGCAUGGACGAAGUAAUCGCUGAUCGAGUAGAGUGCAUUGUUUCGAGAGGGAGAGACCCUAGAGGCUUCCUGUUCGACCUUCUUAUGGACUGGCAUGAGAUGAAUAUUCCCUUCCUUCUGGCGCGAUCCAUCCCAUUCUAUUACACAUUCCCAUUAGAAGCCCGUCUCAAUGAAAGAUUCUGCCGCCUCAAUCCCAAGAUCUUAGCCUCCUAUGCAGGACCCGAUGGUGAUGAAGUCAUUAUACACGACAUCGAUUACGAAAGCGACACUGAAGCAACGGAAGCCACUACUCACAGAUACGACGAUUUCUUUCAGCCACUGAAUCCUUGA